GAAGAAGGACGCUGUGCCGUAAUUUGCCGUAAAACACCAUCUGCUGUCGCAAAUUUAUUCAAUCGGCAGAGGUCACAACAAACCGCUCAGGAUGGGGGGUGACCACGGCCACGGCAAGAUGAACAUGCCAGACUGGAAGCAGUGGAAGUGGGAAGGGACACCGCUGGAGUUCACACAGCAGAGGUUGAAGGCCAGAGGCCUCAAGGACCCAUGGGCACGUAACGAGGCGUGGCGGUAUCAAGGAGGCUUUGCUCGAGCUGUGACUCUGUCUGAUGUGCUGCUGAGAGGAUUCAAGUGGGGCUUCGCUGCCUUUACCGUUGCUCUGGCUAUUGAGUACACAUUCUUCCCACCGAAGAAAGGUGGCCACUAAUCCUCAAUUAUUGUCCCUCAACCCCCAAACAUAAUAUUAAUAUUCUGUAUUUUCUGUUAAAUAAAUUUACAAUUGAUCACCUCA